CAGCUAAGCUAACCUAAAAAAUCUGUGUCACUUUGUCAGCAAGUUUUAAAUCAAUCAAGAAUAGAAAAUGAGUAAAUCUAGGGGAAAGAACGCGUUGGAUUCUCUAAAUAAUGAGAACGUCUUGCAAGCUGUCGUCAUAGUGGAUACGUAUUCCAGAAACUUGACUCCGUUUUGUAACUACAUGCCAACUAGUCUCGUCCCACUGACUAAUCGUCCGCUCUUAGAUUACACUUUGGAAUGUCUCAUGUCUUCAGGAGUGCAGGAAGUAAUAUUAUUCUGUUCAUCAUUUGCAGAUCAAGUUCGGGACUUUGUAAGGGAAGACAAAUGGCCUGGCCUGUCAGUCAGUGUCGUUGUUUCAGAAGGUUGUCGAACCUUUGGAGAUGUCAUGAGGGAUCUUGAUGCUAAGGCUUUGAUUCGCAGUGAUUUUAUACUUCUCACCGGGAAUAUGGUUGGGAAUUUGCAACUCCUCCCAAUCCUUGAAACACACAAACGUAUUCAAAAGGUGGACAAAGGAUCCGUCAUGACUCUCAUUUUCAAAGAACACGGCCAUAGAAGUACAGCUACAGAAGACGAUUUCACCGUUGCUCUGAACACCAAAACAAACCGAGUUUUGUUAUACAGCAAGAAAAGCAGAAACCCAAGAAAAAUAGAAAUCCCAAUGGAGACAGUGCUGGAGACGUCAGAGAUGACGCUACGAAGUGACUUGUUGGACACCCAGGUGUGUGUCUGCUCAGUCGCAGUUCCUCCGUUGUUCUCGGACAACUUUGACUUUCAGUCCAAGGAUGACUUUGUGCGUGGUCUGCUUGUCAAUGAGGAAAUCCUCGCCAGUUCUAUCUACGCUUACAUUCUGCCGGGCAGUCAGUACGCUGCAACUGUCAACUCCUGGGCUCACUACCAGGACAUCACGCAUGAUGUGAUCCAUAGAUGGGUUUACCCUCUCGUGCCUGAUAUGUUAACUGACGAUCCGUACUUCUUCAGAAGAAAUAAUAUUUACAUCCAACGAGAUAUAACGCUGUCUCAAGGUUGUAAGUUAGAGGAAGAUGUUGUGAUCGGAAGCGAAUCAUCAGUUGGACAAAAUGCCAUCAUCGCUCGAUCAGUAAUUGGGAAAAACUGCAAAAUUGGGAACAACGUUGUAAUCGAGAGCUCUUACAUCAUGGAUCAUGUUAAGAUUCAAGACAAUGUUAGUGUGAGUUACUCGGUUGUUGGUCCGCGAUGUGAGCUCCAAUCAGGAGCCAGUGUUACCAACGGAAGUGUUCUUGGGUCGGAGGUCAUCAUCGACAGCAACAAACAGAUUUGUGCUCUCAAGCUGCAGUCCUACCCUUCAGAUUCAUGCGGUCAGGUGGGAUCCAAGGCCUUCUUGUGUGACGACUCAGCAGACGACGACUCAGAUUCCGACUCUGACACUCGGGAGGCAGUUGCUGGACUGAGAGUGGGGAGAGGAGAGACACACUACGAGAGUGACUACACUGAGUCAUCUGACAGUGAUGAUGAGAUGACUCACAGCUUGUCUGUACCUGAGGAUACUAACUUGUUCUACACAGAGGUGGUGGACUCGCUAGUCCGAGGAUUCGAGGACAAAUUGUUAUGUGAUAAUCUUGUGCUGGAGAUAAACUCUUCUAGAUAUGCCUACAAUGUCACCAUGAGUGAGGUGAACUUCCAUGUAGUCCGAGCGUUGCUGACGCUUCCUGCACCUGACGGACAUUCGUGGCAACACCUUGUCACUCGACUCACCUAUUUCAUGCCCAUCUUGACCAACUACAUCCGAUCACAAACUGCACAGAAAGACUGCCUGCUUGCUAUUGAGGAUGUUGCUGGUAGUAAUCCGGAAAUAUUUGCGGUCCUUGUGAAGAUAAUCCACUGGCUGUAUGAGCAGGAUAUUCUAUCCGAGGAUAAUAUUUUGAACUGGUACAAGAAUCCGAGUGUUGAUGCAGACCCCGAGAACAGUAAGAGAGUGCGACAACAGGUGGCUCCUUUUAUCCGGUGGUUGGAAGAAGCAGAAGAAGACGAAGAUGACGAUGACGAUAUUGAUUAAAGUAUAUAUAUUGAUCUUGUAUAUUACAUUAUUUCUUAGAGUAUUUAGAAUAACUCUGUUCAUUUAAAUAUGUCAGUGUCAGAAGUUACGGUACUUACGUAUUAUACGGAGGCCACUUAUUUUACAGCGCGCUGCGGCGGUUGGGUUAAGUUGGGUUAUCAUAAAUAUGUUUGUAGAACUUUCCUAGUUUCGUUAUGAAUCGAACUAUACGAGAUGAGUCAUAAAAACUUAUGAUAACCCAACCUAACCUAACCGCCGCAGCGCGCUGUAAAAUAAGUGGCCUCUGUAUAAUACGUAAGUACCGAAGUUACAUAUUAAGAAGUAUCCUGUAUACAAAAUAAUCUUGGUUAUUUAUAAGGAAAUGCUCCUCUUGUAUUAUUGUUUUCUAUUGUAUCACUGCAGUAAAAUUCAAAUUUCUUACUAUGACACUGUGAUAUUAUUAUUGUACUUGAUUAUCAUGGUUGCUUGAGAGCUGCUUGUUUUUUACUUUGUAUGUUUUAAAGAGAACUUAUUAUACACAUUUAUUGUAUUUAAGUGAUGGUACAAUAUAUAAA